AUGGCGCCGAAUUUCUUUCUGAUCAGCGGCUACACCUACGCUAACAACCCCCCCGUCCCCAUGUGCGUCAACGACCCGGUCAUCUGGUACCUCUACGACAUGGGAUUCGACACGCACGUCUUCCACAUGCACGGCGAGAACACGGUCGACGCCGUGACCGGGGCCACGUCCGCCACGGUGGUGCUCAACCCGGGCCAGAUGACGUUUGUGCUGAUGACGGCGUCGAAUCCGGGGUGGUGGCAGCUCCUCUGCCAUUUUACGACGCAUCUGAGAGCGCAAGACUCCAACCAAACCGCUUUGUCUCAUAUAUAUUCAACCCCAUUCAUCUCAGGAACCUGUUUCUGGAAUACCCCCUUCGGACCAUACUUCCUACUCACCCCCCUCAUAAACCUUAGAUUCUCCUCCCCAUACGACUCUAGCGGAUUCUGA